UUCUUUUCGGACUUCGCAGAUAAGCUGUUUUAGCCUCAACUACCGUUGGAUUUCAAACCACCUCCGGAGAAGAAAAAGUGCCCACCUUUGACAGAGGCAAAUCAGAAUAGGAUAGUUGAAGCUGGUGGUCUUACUUCCUUGCUGAUGCUUUUUAGAAGCCUUGAGGACGAAGCAGUUUGAAGAGUGGCAGCUGGUGCCAUUACGAAUCUUGCAAUGAAUGAAGUCAAUCAAGAAAUUAUAAUGCAAGAAUGUGGGAUUAGUUUGUUAACAACGACAGCCGCUGAAGCUGAUGAUGCUCAAACCCUAUGCAUGAUUGCUGGAGCUAUUGCUAAUUUAUGCGGCAAUGAUAAGCUACAAAUGAAGCUAAGGUCUGAAGGUGGUAUUAAGGCGUUGCUAGGAAUUGUGAGGUGUGGGAAUCCUGAUGUUCUUUCCCAAGUGGCACGUGGAAUAGCUAACUUUGCAAAAUGUGAAUCAUGA